CCUCCUCGCGCGCGCCUGCACGCCUCAACUUCUUUUGGGAACUGAGGGACUAUUUGGAAGAAAUUUUCACAAAUAAAUCCUUUCAUUCGCUGCGACAAAACAAGCACGUUGCCGAAAUGCCUGCUUACGGGUUAAAUGACAAACAAUACGAGUUAAUCAAAAACAGUUUGGUUCAUUAUGUCUUAUUCAUACUUUGAGGCGGAAGGAUUUGAGGGGCGCAAUGCGGCCGAAGCUUCCGCCCAGUUUUCCGAUGCGCGUCGGCCGAGUUGAAAAUGGAGUUCCUGCAGAGAAAGCAGAUCCUCUGAACUUCCACACCACUCUUCGUUGGUCCACGUAUUGUUUCGCGUGUAUUUUGGAAUAGUUUAUGUAUUAACCUUUGCAUCGGGUCGUUUUUCAGGUCUGUCUAUGCUGGUGCACAGUGAGGCGCUUUCUGUUUUCCCAGAAAGUUGCUGAGAGGGAGUAGCUCGGCUGCUAGCUGCCCGGUCACAAAAUCCAACCAAAAUCGAGCAGGGUUUUGUGCACUUAUUCGGUUGAGACACUUGUGGAAUUUGUGACUGAUUUACAGAAGACAAAGUUGAGGAUGAUCAUACGGUUGCAGAUGGAUUUUAUUCCCUGGGAAGCUCCGAGUCAGCGGCCGAGGCUCCUGUCCUCCUCCUCCUCCUUCUUCUUCUGAAUUGGUUUGUCGGAGCUGCCGAGCUCAGCAAUGCGCCGCUUCAGUCGCGUCGAACUGCCGCUGUUUUGUGAAUAACUGCGUUUCGAUGCGAACCAAAAUGGUGAUUUUUGCGACUUGUUUCCCCGCCUUGACUGCCGCGUCGAUGCUGUUUGCAGAAUUUGGAUCCCCGUGAGGAAAAAAAUGAGCGAAGAACCGGCAAAUCCAAAUAACGAUGACAGUUAUGCGCGUGUGAGAGCAGUGGUCAUGACUCGCGAUGACUCCAGCGGUGGAUGGCUGCCUCUGGGAGGCGGAGGCCUCAGCUGCGUGUCGGUCCACAAGGUUAGCCGGCCAGACUCGGACAGCCCCAACGGCAUGGAUUAUCUUAUCCAGGGGGAGCGACUCAAAGACAAGUUGGUUGUGCUGGAGUGCAUCAUAAAGAGGGACCUGGUCUACAACAAAGUCAACCCGAUCUUCCACCAUUGGAGAAUCAACAACAAGAAGUUUGGCCUGACUUUCCAGAGUCCAGCCGAUGCCAGAGCUUUUGACCGAGGGAUACGGCGAGCCCUGGAGGACAUAAAGCAAGGCUGUCCGGUGUACAGUGACUCGGAGGGUCCUGAAGAUGGAUUACAGGUCAAUCAGGAGCCUCCCUCUAUCUGCACGCCCAUUAGAGAGCCAUUCUCUCCGCAUGGCCGAGUGGUGUCCACCGAGCCUUUCCAUGGCUGUUAUGUGCGUGCUCAGCCGUUUGAGGAGUUCCCCAGCCCCAGCCACCGCUAUCUGCCGCCGCAGGUCUCAUUCUCCACGACACGCCAUGUGAGCUUUCACAUGGAUGACGAAGAGGUUGUUCGGAUCAACCCCCGCAAGGACGUCCUCAUCCGCGGGUAUGAGGACUACAGGCACCCGGUCAUGUGGAAGCGCGACACAGAGCGUGAUGACUCUGAUUUCUCCACCACAUUCACCAAACUGGACAGCAAGAAAAGUGAGUACUCUUUUCUCGAAGGCUCUGAGCAUCGCACAGGCACCAAGGACUCGAUCAAAACUCAGCAGCCUUCACCUCUGCUAAAGUCCAAGAAGUCUCGGAGGCGGCGGGAGGACGGCGAGCGCUCGCGCUGCAUAUAUUGCCGCGAGAUGUUCAACCAUGAGGAGAACCGGCGCGGAGAGUGCCAGGAUGCCCCCGACCCCAUCAAGCAGUGCAUCUACAAGGUGAGCUGCAUGCUGUGCGCAGAGAGCAUGCUCUACCACUGCAUGUCCGACUCAGAGGGUGACUUCUCGGACCCGUGCUCAUGCGAUUCCAGCGAAGAGCAGUUCUGUGUGCGCUGGUUGGCGCUGCUUGGCCUCUCCAUAAUCGCGCCCUGCAUGUGCUGCUACCCGCCACUGCGGGCCUGUCACCACUGCGGAGAGGCCUGCCACUGCUGCGGUGGCAAACACAAGGCCGCCGGCUGAGCCGAGCCGACCGCGGAGAAACACACGGCCACGUGAAGAAACAACAGCCGCCGUCGCUUUUCUUUUUUCAUUCACCCCUCGAGGUGGGUGAGGUGCUCCACCCGCCACCUUGGAGGCUUUGGAGAUUUGAUUUGGCCGAGAGCAGCAGAAGCCAAUGACCGGAUCUUCUUGGGCUCUCGAGCUCACGUCAUGGAGCUCGUUACGGAAGGGAAGGCGUUUACGGAAUGAACUCAAAUCACGAAAUGAGCAAAAAAAAAAAAAAAGAGACGGAAAAAAAAUCACUUGACAUCCAAGUGUCAGACUUUCAUUACAAAUAGCGUGUAACCUUUGUGAAGGAAUGUUGUUUUUUUGUACAGAGAUCAAAACUAUAACAAAGAAAACAAAACUGGUUGUGCAUACAGAGGAUCUGCUGUAUGGGUAUGCGAAAAGGGAUUUUUUUUUUUUUUGCUUUUUGUGAAUUUGCAGUAGGGUUAAAGUGGCCUUCUCUUUCAACUGGAGCAUUCGCUGACUGUAAUUAUUAGACAAAAGAAAACCUGCACUAGUUAAGUGUUCUCCCAUGAAAGAUAACCCUCAUGAAUAAUGGUACGUACACUAAAACACUUCGGGCAAGUUUUAGCAGCAGGACAAAUUUAAAUUUAUGUAAUAGGUGUGUGUGGGUGGGUUUUUUUUUUCUUUUCUUCCCCUCCUGCUUUUCUUUUCGUUGUUUUGUAAGAGACAGUAAUGUCAUUUCUUUUGAAACGGUAGGAUGACACAGCCUUUGUUAUUGAAUCAUGCUAACGUUUAAAAUGCAUCCUUCUCUAAUUGGCACGACUAUUUGGACCACACCACAGGUGCAUUCCAGCAUUGAGUGAUUAAUGAUGUAAUACAGCUGUCCACGUUUGUCCCUGAAUCAUUUCCAUGUCAAGGUCAGCAAGAGAUUGAGAGACCAAUUAGUCAGGAAGUCGAGGAAGUGUACAUUUCUCUUUCAAUUUCAUCUCACGUUGAUCAGAGUGAAACCGGGUUCUUUUUUCAGCUUUUAAAUUGAUUUCAAGCUGAAAUUGUGCUCAACCAGCAAGUUGUGUUUUUUUUUUUUUCUUUUCCCUUACAUGACAUGACGCGACACGUUUUGGUAUUUUAAUAAUCGUUAUUAAAAGGGUUUCAACCCAAGAUCUAUUAUCGAACAAGGCACUUGUAUUCGUUUUAAAUGGGACGUCCCUGCGUUUGAGAUUCUCCAUUCAAAUGGCCCUUAUAAAAGCACGCACUUCCAAGCUUUGGUUACAGCUUCAUGUCCAUGCUUUCCACAUAUUCCAUCCAGUAUGUCGUCUCUGUCAUAGUUUCAAGAGUUUCUGCAUUACUUUUUCUCCGUUUCUAAAUGCACCCCCAAAAAAAAAUAAUAAUAACCGCACACAAACUGACCUGAGAUAUCUUAUAAGAUGCAAGAUUUCUCUCAACACUAUAAAUCACUUCCUGGUUCAAGGAAGGUCUGCAAACCCAAUGUCAAGCAAGCCUACCAGUAAUUAUUAGAGAAAAGUAUUAGACACUGCAUUUUCUUUAAAAAAAAAAAAUCAGCCAAGAUGGUUUAUUUCCUGUUCGCAGGAAAGUUGCUCCCAGUUUCUUUCUUAAAGGCCAGUCCGAGGCGUUCCAUACUUCAGUUCUCUGACCUCCCUGUGCAUUUUCCAUCAACACACUUUACUUUCUAUGCAAAUAUUUCCAUGUGAAACACUUAGAUCUCGACAUAAAAGUUGGUGAUGUGACACUUUAAUAUUGUAGAUGUUAAGAUGUUAAUCUUGGUACCAAACUCAAAAACCUUAUGUAAAUAUGUAACACUAUAUUUAAGCAACAAUAAUAAUCCCAUUCAAAUUUUUAAAGAGAGAGUUGUAUUUAUCACUGCUGUCGGUAUAUACUAUAGCUUGAGUUGACAGCAUUAUGUACAUAGGUCACCUUUUAGUAUUAUUUCACAUUGAAAGUAGAGGGCGUACAUGAUGAAAAAGAUCGAGCUUUUUUACUAGAGAUUCUCUCUGGUUUUGUAUUGCAGAAAGAAGGCUAGAGAAGGUACAGUAGUGGCAGUCCACUUCUCAGAGGUUUCGUCAUAUGAAGCUGCUAGAAACAAUCACUAAUUUUGCGCUGAGAGGAAUAAAAUUUAGCUAUAGACGACUGUUAAAACUAAAAAUCGUUCUUUUGGAUUUGUUGAUCGCAAAUGUUUUCUUGUGUUCGUCUUUUCAUUAAGCACACCCAUUUAUUUUUUUCCAUUUUUUUUUCUUUAAGUCUAUCCUUCCAAUACUGUAUUGGAUUACUUUUUUUUUUUUAAAUGUCGCAAGCUGAACCAAGGUUUGAUGAACCUUAACAAAACUUGCUGGCUGAGAAGACAUGUAGAAUAGGCCACAUCCAUACAAUUAUAUUGUAGACAGAUACUGUAAUGCCUAGUUUCAUUCUGCAUUAAGCAGCACGGUGACUCCACAUGUAAUGUGCUGUAUUUAAUAUGCAACCUGUCUGCUUUCUUUGCUCCUUUUCCACUUUGCAGUUAACUAGCAUUUAUCCGUCUUCAGUUUUUAACCACUUGCUGCUAGUCUUUUAUUUUUGAACUCUUGGACUUCGUGUAUAAGUCGGGAAUGCAUAAAAGAUGAACAUUCUUUACUGUUUAGAGAAAUGCUAAUGUAAAUCUGUCAUUUCAAUGUGAUGUAAAAAGAAAAAAAACCCAACAAAAACAGCUAUGUUCACAGCAGUUUAGUGGUUUCUUUGACGCUUUGGUGCACUGACAUGUAGCUAGGCUUUUUCUCCCCCUUUCGUAGCGCUUGAUGAUGUAAAGUUCACGUGAUUUUUAGUUUGCAGUUGUGAAGACAUUUGUGUUCUAGUAAAUGCCGUAUAAAUGGUACUCUGAUGAUUCCACUAUGAUAUGAACACUGCCUGGUUCUUUAUCUGCUUCUCUGAGUUUUAGUGCCAUCUGCUUUACCCACUGACAACCUCGAAAAAGUGCCUCACGUCCAUCAGAAGUUCCAUCCGAAACUUAACCGCUCUUGCUAUGGUUGUAUUGAUUUAUACACGUCUAGGUAUUUGUAUCAUGGUUUGAAAAAUACCAAGUAUAUGAUGUAAUAUUUAUAGUUCAGUAACUCAUGUCAUAGUUGUAUUUUCUUUAUACAGAUGUAGCUUGUUACGUUUCAUAAAUAUAUAAUGUAAAUAUGCAUAGAAAUGUUUGUAACUGUUUUUAUGUUACAUCAUACACUUGUAAUUUGACAUAUAAAAUAACAUUACCAUAAUAAAAGGUGAGUUUUAAUGUA